AACGCACAGCAAUAUCUCUAUUUCAUCUUUCCGCUGCUUUUCAAUUCUCUUCGAAUUCCCGGGUGGAGAAAUUCAUGGCAUCUUGCGGAGGCCUGUCUAACUUUUUCCUACCACGUCCCGGAUUUGCAAACAUUGGAAAGACUUAUGAGCCAGUUCGCCUAAUUCUUUCCAUAUCCAGCACUAGAAAACAUAAGUGCGACGUUAAUGCUACCGUUGGAGGCAUUGCACCAACUACUAUCUCUGGCUGCCCCCCUCAGGAUUUUCAGGAAAAAUUCGCCAAGGAGUACGAGCAAAAGAUAGAAGAGAUUAGACAGGUGUUACAAUCAAAGGGAGAAGAUGAUCCGUCGGAGAGUUUGGUUUUGGUGGAUGCCAUCCAGAGGGGAGGACUCAGCUCCCAUUACGAGCAGGAGAUUGGAACAAUUCUCCGAAAACGUUAUGAGGCUAGCUGCUCUUGCACAUACGGAUACUACUGUCUCCAUGAUGUUUCACUCUUUUUCCGUCUGCUGCGAGAACAUGGACUCUACAUCUCUCCAGAUGUAUUUAACAAUUUCAAGGGCAAGGAUGGGAGGUUCAGAAGAAACUUGCGCCAAGAUAUCAGAGGAUUGAUGGAGUUAUAUGAAGCGGCACAACUAAGUUUCCAGGGAGAACUUAUUCUUGAUGAAGCAGCAAGUUUUAGCAGCCACCUUCUCCGUGAAUGCUUGCCAGAAAUGGACAAUGAUUUGUCUAGAAUAAUUACUGGUAAGUUGAAGUAUCCUUAUCACAAGACCAUAGCAAAAUUGACAAGGAAAGACUUCCUUCAAGAUCUUGAAGGCAGCAACGGAUGGGCGAAGACUUUAAGGGAGCUGGCUCUUAUGGAUUUGCGCAAGGGGCAAUCUGUGUACCAAGGGGAAUUAGCCCAAGUUUCCAAGUGGUGGAAUGAACUAGGCUUAGCGAAGGAGAUAAAACUUGCAAGGAAUCAACUACUAAAAUGGUAUACAUGGUCGAUGUCCAUCCUGAUCGAUGAUUUCAGCUUGUCGCUGCAGAGGGUGGAGCUCACUAAAUCUAUUGCUUUCGUUUACUUGAUAGAUGACAUCUUUGAUGUUGUUGGGACACUAGAUGAGCUAACAAUCUUCACAGAAGCCGUAAACAAAUGGGAGUAUGCUGCUAUUGACAUGUUACCGGACUACAUGAAGAUGUGUUAUCGAGCUCUUCUUGAUACCACAAACGGAAUAGGCCAUGAGAUUUACAAAAGGCACGGAUACGACCCCAUUGACUCCCUGAAAACAUCGUGGGGAAGCUUGUGUAAUGCAUACCUAAUGGAAGCAAAAUGGUUUGCCUCCGGGGAUUUACCAACAGCAGCCAAGUAUUUGGAAAAUGGAAAGGUGACUACAGGAGCAUAUGUGGUGCUAGUCCACUUAUUCUUUCUCUCAGGUCUUGGCAAUGGAGGUGGAAUCGGUUUGACUGAUGUAUCCCGACUUGCAUCCAGUGUCGCCACAAUUCUUCGUCUUUGGGAUGAUCUUGGAAGUGCCAAGGAUGAGCAUCAAGAUGGUAGAGAUGGAUCAUACACGGAGUGCUACAGGAAUGACCAUCGAGGCUUAUCAAUGGCACAAGCACGAGACCAUGUCAUUGAUGCAAUAACAAGCGAAUGGAAAAGCCUUAACAAAGAGUGUUAAAUCAUUUUUCAGCAUCAUAUUUAACACGGGCUGCUCUUAAUUCUGCAAGAAUUGUACCUCUUAUGUACGGUUAUGAUGAAAACAAACAGCUGAU